AUGCCCCCUACUUUAUUUUCCCUGCCGUUUGGACCUCCUUGUCCUUUCUCUGAGGGCAAAGUACCUCCUAAAUUGGAGGCUAUUUUGCUCACAACAGUAGAGACUGUUGGGUUUAGUGUUAAGCUAGGAGAGACAUUUUUCACUAUGAAGGAGGGUGGCAGGAAACAAGGUGCACCCUCACCAUGUGCAGCAUGCAAGCUUCUAAGGAGAAGGUGUGCCCAAGACUGUGUCUUUGCCCCUUAUUUUCCAGCAGAUGAGCCCCAGAAGUUUGCUAAUGUGCACAAGGUCUUUGGUGCUAGUAAUGUCAACAAGAUGUUACAGGAGCUACCGGUGCACCGACGAGGAGAUGCGGUUAGCAGCAUGGUGUAUGAGGCUAACGCUAGGGUUCGUGACCCAGUGUAUGGGUGUGUGGGUGCUAUAUCAUCUUUGCAACAACAAAUUGAUUCGCUUCAGACCCAGUUGGCGCUGGCUCAGGCAGAAGUGGUGCACCUGCGAGUGAGGCAGACAGCAACAUUAUCGAACCAUGGGCUAAGUCCAGCUAGCCCAAGUAAUAGUGGGUCACCUUCUUCUAGGCUCAUGGGUUCCCAAAUGAAGCCAAUUUUUGACAUGGAUAUGGUGGAUCACACCAGUUUGGGAGAGUCCAUGUGGUCAUACUAG